AUGGAUACAAAGGCAAUAUCAAAUGAGUUUUUCUGCCGAGCUAGGCAGUGGAGAGAUGUGGCAGAGUUCGAACGCAAGGAAUUACUCAAAGUUCGUGUGUACAAAUCACUAAAGCUGACUUCCCGGGCGAUUCUGGUUGUCACAAUGAAUAUCAUCUUCUUGAGUGUCAUCGACGUGGAGUUCUAUUAUUCACGUUUCGGCGAGUUGAUUACACCACGCCGCCUGUACCCAACUGUAACACAUCCAGCUGGAGUCUUUGCGCCAUGUCACUUCAACCAGACAUCUGCGCAGCCAAUUAUGAUGAGUUUCUCUUACUUCACGCGAUCACUGAUUCUUUUUCUUACACUAUGCAACAUGUGGCUAAUUUGGUGGUAUACUGAGCUCGAGAGACGACUUCUUGUGGCGAGACAUCAUCUCCAGGAACAAUCGUCACUGCUUCUUGGACCACUCACGACGAAUCUCAUGAUUGAACUAGUUUCGUACAAAAUGAAAUCUUCAAUGCAGCUUCUUCUAAAAGAAAAAUACCGAAAACCUCUAUUCAAAGAUCCUCAUCGAAACUAUGAUGAGUCCUAA